UGUUCCUCUCGCCCUGUCAAUAAUCUCCGCUCCCAGACUACUCCGUUCCUCCGGAUUUCGAUCCCCUUUUUCUAUCUGUCAAUCAGCGCCGCCUUUGAACUGAAAAGCUCUCAGUCUAACUUCAACUCACUCAAAUUCGAGCGGCACGAGCUCCUCCUGUAUCUUCGGCUUCCCCCCCCUUUGCUCUUUAUAUCUGACUUCUUGUUGUUGUUGGUGUUUUUUUUUUUUACCCCCCUUUUUUUAUUUAUUAUUUUUUUGCACAUUGAUCGGAUCCCGGGGAACGAGAGAAAAAAGAAACCCAAACUCACGCGUGCAGAAGAUCUCCCCCCCUUCCCCUCCCCUCCUCCCUCUUUCCCCUCCCCAGGAGAAAAAGACCCCAAAGCUGAAAAAAAAAGUUCACCUUGGACUCGUCUUUUUCUUGCAAUAUUUUUUUGGAGGGGGGAACAAAACUUUUUGGGGGUAUUUUUUUUUUUUUUUUUUUUGCUUUUCUUCCUCCUUCAUUUUUCUUCCAAAAUUGCUGCUGGUGGGUGAAAAAAAAUGCCGCAGCUGAACGGCGGUGGAGGAGAUGACCUAGGCGCCAACGACGAACUGAUUUCCUUCAAAGACGAGGGCGAGCAGGAGGAGAAGAGCUCGGAGAACUCCUCGGCAGAGAGGGAUUUAGCUGAUGUCAAGUCGUCUCUAGUCAAUGAAUCAGAAACGAAUCAAAACAGCUCUUCCGAUUCCGAGGCGGAAAGACGGCCUCCGCCUCGCUCCGAAAGUUUCCGAGAUAAAUCCCGGGAAAGUUUGGAAGAAGCGGCCAAGAGGCAAGAUGGAGGGCUCUUUAAGGGGCCACCGUAUCCCGGCUACCCCUUCAUCAUGAUCCCCGACCUGACGAGCCCCUACCUCCCCAACGGAUCGCUCUCGCCCACCGCCCGAACCAUUAUUAUGAUCAUCUUAUCCAUAGCAACAAAUAAAAUACACGGGUCUCGAUUGAAUGCCAAUGCUGCAGUUCAAUCUAGGAAGCUCCAUUUUCAGUCCGGGAGCACACAUUACUCUGCGUACAAAACGAUUGAACACCAGAUUGCAAUUCAGUAUCUGCAGAUGAAAUGGCCGCUGCUCGAUGUCCAGGCAGGCACCCUCCAGAGCAGACAAGCCCUCAAGGAUGCACGCUCUCCGUCGCCGGCGCACAUUGUUUGUCCCCUCCCUUGCUGCACUCAGGGCCACGACUGUCAGCACCUCUACCCCCCCUCAGACUUCACUGUCAGCACUCAAGUCUUCAGGGACAUGAGAAGGAGCCACUCCUUACAAAAGGUUGGGGAGCCCUGGUGUUUGGAGUCGAACAAAGUGCCCGUGGUGCAGCACCCUCACCAUGUCCACCCUCUCACGCCUCUUAUCACAUACAGCAACGAACACUUCACCCCGGGAAACCCGCCUCCACACUUACCAGCUGACGUAGACCCCAAAACAGGAAUCCCACGGCCUCCGCACCCUCCAGAUAUAUCUCCGUAUUACCCACUAUCUCCUGGCACCGUAGGACAAAUCCCCCAUCCGCUAGGAUGGUUAGUACCACAGCAAGGCCAGCCAGUGUACCCAAUCACGACAGGAGGAUUCCGCCACCCCUACCCCACAGCUCUGACUGUCAACGCUUCCAUGUCCAGCUUUCUGUCUUCUAGGUUCCCUCCCCACAUGGUCCCACCACAUCACACUCUCCACACGACCGGCAUCCCCCACCCGGCCAUCGUCACGCCAACAGUCAAGCAGGAAUCCUCCCAGAGUGACGUCGGCUCACUCCACAGCUCAAAGCAUCAGGACUCCAAAAAGGAAGAGGAAAAGAAGAAGCCCCACAUAAAGAAACCUCUCAACGCGUUCAUGUUGUAUAUGAAGGAAAUGAGAGCGAAGGUCGUCGCCGAGUGCACGUUGAAGGAGAGCGCGGCCAUCAACCAGAUCCUGGGGCGAAGGUGGCACGCGUUGUCGAGAGAGGAGCAAGCAAAAUACUACGAGCUGGCGCGGAAGGAGCGGCAGCUCCACAUGCAGCUGUACCCCGGCUGGUCCGCACGGGAUAACUAUGGGAAGAAGAAGAAGAGGAAAAGGGACAAGCAGCCCGGGGAGACCAAUGAACACAGCGAAUGUUUCCUAAAUCCUUGCCUUUCACUUCCUCCGAUUACAGACCUGAGCGCUCCUAAGAAAUGCCGAGCGCGCUUUGGCCUUGAUCAACAGAAUAACUGGUGCGGCCCUUGCAGGAGAAAAAAAAAGUGCGUUCGCUACAUACAAGGUGAAGGCAGCUGCCUCAGUCCACCCUCUUCAGAUGGAAGCUUACUAGACUCGCCUCCUCCCUCCCCCAACCUGCUAGGCUCCCCUCCCCAAGACGCCAAGUCGCAGACUGAGCAGACGCAGCCUCUCUCGCUGUCCCUGAAGCCCGACCCCCUGGCCCACCUGUCCAUGAUGCCUCCGCCGCCCGCCCUCCUGCUUGCCGAGGCCGCCCAUGGCAAGGCCCCUGCCCUCUGUCCCAACGGGGCCCUGGACCUGCCUCCCGCCGCUUUGCAGCCGCCCAUCCUGCCCUCGUCAUCUAUUGCACAGCCGUCGACAUCUUCCUUACAUUCCCACAGCUCUCUGGCCGGGACCCAGCCCCAGCCGCUCUCCCUGGUAACCAAGUCUUUAGAAUAGCUUUAGCUUCGUGAGCCCUGCUUGUUUUGUGUAGUGUUUCAUUUUGCUUUUCUUCAUUUCCUCCCCCCCCUUUUUGGAAGGUUUUGUUUUGUACCCUUAAUUUUGUGCCACGUGGCUACAUUAGUUAAUGUUUAUCGAGUUCAUUGGUCAAUAUUUGACCCAUUCUUAUUUCAAUGUCUCCUUUUAAAUAUGUAGAUGAGAGAAGAACCUCAUGAUUCUACCAAAAUUUUUAUCAACAGCUGUUUAAAGUCUUUGUAGCGUUUAAAAAUAUAUAUAUAUAUACAUAACUGUUAUGUAGUUGGGAUAGCUUAGUUUUAAAAGACUGGUUAAAAAGCAAAAAGGAAAAAAAAAAAAAGAAGCAAUUUGGAAGCAGCCCUCCAGAAGGAGUUGGUUCUGUAUUAUUUGUAUUAAAUACGAGCUUGCGAACCAAUCAUUUUACAUCUGGUUUUUAAACCACCAGGGCACGACGAAUGCAGUGCCGUGAGUUUUUUUUCUUCUUCCGUGUGAAACAACUUUUAUUGUGAUGUUACUUGUUAUUGUUUAAAUGUACAGAAACAAAGGGUUAAAAUGUGUUAAUAUACCUUGUUCCAUGGUGUUGUUCUUUUGGGGGGGGAGGGGAUGCUACUCAACACUUAAUGGCAUCACAGCGCUGUUGGACCAGUAGUAUUUAUUGCUUUAGAGAUCGCUCGUCGAGCCCGUACGUCGUCCCUUUUAAAAUAUGUUUUCCUUUUUUCUUGAAACUGUGUAAAGUCUUUUUUCCCCCUUAGCAUCAGCAUCUUAUAUAUAACAACUCAUUUGUACAAGGUUUUUAAGUUUAUAUAUAAAAUGUGUAUAUAUAUUUUUUUGUUUGUUUCCAUUUUCGACUUUUUUUUUUUUUCUGUAUGAAACCCAAAUGCCGCCAAAUGGACAUGAAUAGUUGCAUUAAAGGAUCAGUAGCAUUAACAGAAGUUGUUUUAAAAGCCAUUAUGUGAAACAAGACUUGAAAAUUAGCGAGGGAAUUUUAGCGACGCUGUUUGAGCGACGACGGGAACCUCCCUGUGUCCUCUUUGAACUCACAGUCGAAUGCCCUGCACCCCGAGGAUGUGGACUGACUGCGGAACUUUAUGUGCCAAAAUUCUCAGUGACUUUAGCUUUCUCCCUCUUUUCGAUGCUGUAAUUUCCGUUCACCAUGUUUUGCUGUGAUGUUACAUAGGUAGAUCUGUGUGUAGUUUUAAUGUCACCUAUAACAAGAUGUGUUUGGUAGCAGAUUGUCCAGAAAAGCAUUUUAAAUGAAGAGGUAUAAACCCUUAAGGGCCAAAAUUCUGUAUAUUAGAUUACUCUUAAAGGAAAAACCAGCUACCGCUUCUAUGUACCCGUACGACAUACGAGUAGGUAGCGAACUUUAAAAAUAAACAAAACCUAGGCAUGUUGAUGUUGCAAAAUGCUGUAUAAAGCUGAAACCUGUUCACUCACAGUGCCAUUGUAGUUGACAUGAAGCGAUUGUAAAACUGUCUCCGAUUUUUCUCUGGUUUAUUAAGAUGCUAACGAUAACAUUUUUUUGUGUGUGAAUACUUUGAAUGUUUCCUAACAGUUGUGAUGUUACUGUUCCGUUUUAUGCUCUUAUUCCAAUUUCAUUUCUAAUGGUUUGGAAGCCAUUUUUGUAAUGAAUAAAUGUUCAUGCUGUACAGUAUCUGUAGCAUGCCGUGCUGGGUUAAUAAAAGCAACUUAGUGUGUGCAGAUGAA